AUGGCAACGGCGGCGGCUUCUUCAAUCUGCCGACACCACCCGCCGAUAACCCCUUCUACCUCAGUUCACUCCAAUAAGCUCAACACCGUCUUCCGCUUCAAUCACCGGAAAGAAAGAAAUGCGCUUAUCCUCCGCUGCUCCCUCCGCCGCCACCGACCGGAGUAUAUCCCCCACCAUAUUCCUGACCCUAAGUAUGUGCGUAUCUUCGACACCACACUGCGUGACGGCGAACAGUCUCCCGGCGCCACAAUGACCACCAAGGAGAAGCUCGACAUCGCUCGCCAGCUUGCCAGGCUUGGCGUGGAUAUUAUCGAGGCGGGAUUCCCUGCCUCCUCCGAGGCUGAUUUCGAGGCUGUGAAAUUGAUUGCCCGGGAGGUAGGAAAUGUUGAUUCCGGUGAUGGCGAUGGUCAGAAGGUGCACGUGCCGGUUAUAUGCGGUUUGGCUAGGUGUAACAAGAAGGAUAUUGAGAAGGCAUGGGAGGCUGUGAAGUGGGCAAAGAAGCCCAGGAUUCACACGUUCAUUGCCACCAGUGAAAUCCAUAUGAAGUACAAAUUGAAGAUGACGCCCGAGGAGGUGAUUGAGAAGGCAAGGAGCAUGGUGGCUCAUGCAAGGAGCUUGGGGUGUAAUGAUGUUGAAUUUAGCCCCGAAGAUGCUGGAAGAUCUGACAGAGAGUUUCUUUACCAAAUUCUGGGAGAGGUUAUCAAGGCUGGGGCAACAACCCUUAACAUCCCUGAUACAGUAGGCUACACUUUGCCUACUGAAUUUGGUCAGCUGAUUGCUGACCUAAAAGCCAAUACUCCUGACAUUGAGAAUGUAAUUAUUUCUACACACUGUCAGAAUGACCUGGGACUUUCUACUGCUAAUACUUUAGAGGGGGCACGUGCUGGUGCAAGGCAAGUAGAGGUGACCGUCAAUGGCAUUGGUGAAAGAGCUGGUAAUGCCUCAUUAGAGGAGGUUGUAAUGGCCUUAAAAUGCCGUGGAGAGCAAGUACUAAAUGGUCUUUAUACAGGGAUUAAUACAAAACAUAUUGUUAUGGCUAGCAAGAUGGUAGAAGAAUAUAGUGGGCUGCGUGUGCAGCCACACAAAGCAAUUGUUGGAGCCAAUGCCUUUGCUCAUGAGAGUGGCAUCCAUCAGGACGGAAUGCUUAAACAUAAGAACACAUAUGAGAUUAUAUCUCCUGAAGAUAUUGGGCUUCUUCGUUCUAACGAAUCUGGUAUCGUCCUUGGAAAACUGAGUGGACGCCAUGCUUUGAAAGCCAAAAUGUUGGAGCUUGGAUAUGACAUUGAUGGAAAUAAACUUGACGAUCUGUUUACACGUUUCAAAGCUGUUGCAGGAAACAAAAAGAAUAUCACUGAUGAUGACCUCAUAGCCCUGGUGUCAGAUGAAGUUUUCCAGCCACAAGAAGUUUGGAAACUUGGAGAUGUACAGGUUACAUGUGGAACGCUUGGCCUUUCUACGGCAACAGUGAAACUCAUUGAUGAUAAUGGUGAAGAACAUAUUGCUUGUUCUGUUGGAACUGGACCAGUUGAUGCAGCAUAUAAGGCGGUUGAUCUUAUUGUAAAGGUUCCUGUGACACUCGUGGAUUAUUCCAUGAAUGCAGUCACUGAAGGUAUUGAUGCUAUAGCCACCACUAGAGUUCAAAUUCGAGGACAUGACUGCAUCACUACGACCCAUGCUUCUACGGGAAAAUCUGUGGAUCGUGCAUUCAGCGGCACUGGAGCAGCAAUGGAUAUAGUCAUCUCGAGUGUGCGCGCCUAUAUUGGUGCGUUGAAUAAGCUUCUUGGAUUCAAUAACCGACUGAGAACUCAGGAUCCUUCUGCAAAGGUCAGUGCUGUUUGGGGAUGA